GUACAAUAAUUGUAGCUUUUCUGUUAUCUUUCCACAACUGAAUCAAGGCGUUUAAGAAAUGUGGUUUCUGCUAGCUUUAUCGGCAUUGUUUGUUUCUGCCAACAGUGCAAGCCCUACGACUGUGUCCGUCUACUACGAAAGUCUCUGCCCAUAUUGCAUAGAUUUUAUCAGAGAUCAGCUCGCUCCAGCCUACUAUAAAAUCGGAGAUAAGAUAAAAGUGGACCUGAUACCUUUUGGAAAUGGCGAUGUUGAUGAAGUUAAUGGAAAAUUGAUCUUCAUUUGUCAACAUGGAGAAUCUGAGUGUUACGCAAAUAGAAUACAGGCCUGUGCAUUGGAUUUAGGAGUCGGAAACUCUGGAAUAGAAUUUGCAUUGUGUGCUAUGAGUUCAUCCAAUCCAUCCAGUGAAGAAAUUUUGAAACAGUGUGCCAUUGAUCACAAAAUUGACUGGGACCAGAUAGAAAAUUGUUAUCAAUCUAAAAAGGCUGAUGAUUUGCUCAUGGAAUACGCUAACAGAACCAUUUCUGUAUCACCCCCAAUCUUAGGUACGCCUGCAAUAGCACUGGACAACCAUUAUAUGGAGACUCUAACAGAUAUUGCUCAGAUGAGUUUGCAAGAAACCAUAGAAUUCCUUCAGAGUGGAGGCACUUGCUACUGGUGUAAAUAUGGUAUGGAACUGAGUUACCUGACUGAAAAUCCUGCAAUGAAUAUCUACACUUGUAAAAAUUAUUCGAGUACCUAUGAAACUCCCAAUCUCAAUAAAUCAAUUUAUUAA